AUGCAAGCGUCAGGCUACCUCACACUCUACCCAAACGGCUGCCAUCAAACCGGCCAGAAGUCCAAUUCCAGACGUUUCCUAUAUCUCCUCGCAGGCGUUGUGUACCUAUUGCCCUUCCUCUACAUCGCUCGCCUCUUCCGACCGAGCCAAUAUGCGGGCUCGAACGGGCAUACUCCACCAGACUAUGCGUUGAGACAGCCUCUCUCCACUAUCUACAGUCCACUAUAUUGGCGCACAGAAUACAGCGCACCAGGAAAAGCGCAUUCAGAAAUUGAUGAUCUCUGGGACGCCAUUCUCCCUUCCCAUGGCUUUAUUGCAGUUGACCGCCAAUGGGCCGCCGCUCGGAAUUGGCCGGACACUAUGUCCAUGCCUAACGACACCAGCAAGGGAGUCUAUCUGCUCGAGGCUUACCUUCAUUUGCACUGCCUCCGGAUCAUGCGAACCACCUUUUGGGAAGCCGUGGAGAAGCGACCCUUCAGCCACGCAAGCGGUCUGAGGCAUGUUGAGCAUUGCUUUGAUGCCUUGCGACAGGCCAUCCAGUGCUACGCAGACAAUACUCCGCUCUACACCUUUGGGAAAUUCACGGCUGGUGAUGGUCAGGUGCAUCAAUGCAGAAGUUGGAAUGAACUUCGCGACUUUGACACCAGCCACACCGCUUGCUAUCGAGAUAGUGUCGAGCCGAUUCCCCUGGGAGCUCAUUUUGGUUUCUGUGACGACGGCGGUGACGGGUUGGAAGAAGGUGCAGAUCCGAUGUAA